AUGUGGUACAAUGGGGGAACCGAGUCGAGAAGGGGCAUGUCGAGGCCCAUUGACUUGGCUUCGACCGAGAAGUUGACUUUUGGUUCGGGAUCUUGUGACGAGUUUGAUCUGGCGAUUGGAGAUAAGAAAAUUAACCCGGGUUCUGAAUGGGUCAGGUGCAAGUUCUUGAAAUGGGGGCUGUUGAUGACUUUGUACCAUGACUUGCAAACGAAUCUUGAGGUCAAGAUGGACUCGAGGGGGAGCCGGAGAACGAUGUUAUAUAGGCAGUCUUCGGUCGCUGUUCAACGAGCCUUAGCAAAUUGUUCGGUUUUACCUCUAUUGGUCUCUUCUUCUUCAUUACGAGCCUACGGUUAG